AUGAACUAUAUAAAACCGUACAAAUUCAAAUCGGAGAAACUCCACCUCGCAGUCUUGAACCAUAAGCACAACCCCUGAAGAGAAACCCACCCCACAAGCGAGUGAUCUCAAAAAGGCUUGAACUCCAACCAAGUUACAUGAGCUCAGAGCUGCUGCAGGACUGAAAACCCAAGAGCUGUCCCAGCCAGAGCCAGUUGGAGUGGGAGCUGCGAGCAGGAAUGCUGUUCUUGGGAAAGUUGAAAAGAAUGAAGUGGAGGCAGCUUUUCUGGAUCGCCUUCUGCGUGGUGGAGUUGUCUGCCCCAGGCAACGCUUCUGGGAGCCCAACGGACACCCCCACAUCGACAGUUCUGGCCACUGAACCGAAAGGUACCAGCAGCGCGGCAGCCACCACGGCCACCGGAGUCCCCAGCAGCACCAACCCAACGCCGGAGACAUCUGCUGCAGCCGAGUCCCUGGUAGCCAGCCCCACGUCCCUGGAGCUCAGCAGUGAGCGGACGAGCUCGCAGCCCAGCCAAGUGCCCACACUGGCACCGGGCACCCCCUUGGGGCCAGAACUUGGAAGUCAAGGAGUCCCUACAACCAAAAGCCCAGUGACUGUACCCAGCACUGUGGCAGAAACCCCAGGCUCCACGCCAGCUCUGGUGAGUGAUGCUGCCACCCCGAAGCAUCUUCCUGUCUCGGGUACCACCACGGCACUGCACAAAGGCGGCGACAGCCCGAAGCACAUCACGUGCCACAAUGUCAAAGAAGUGAGUGACACCGGAGCCAUCUGCUUGCAGCUCAAUGAGUCCAGCACUUGCAAACAUUUUUUAGAGAUGAAGGGGUCGGACUUGUGGAGCGCGAUAUGUGAGGAGAGCGCCCGCCGCGUGCCCUCCCCCUGCCAGAUCAAACUCGCCAAAUCGGAGGUGGACCGUGACUGUCUGCUCCUCAUCCUCGUCGGGGAGAGAGAUCCUGCUACAGAUAUGCUCCAGGAGUCUCACUGGGAAAAGUUUGGAAUAAAAUCCCUUAAACAGGGGAACGUGAGGAACCACCAGGAUUUUUCUCAGAAGACCCUGAUCGCCUUGGUCACAUCUGGACUCAUGCUGGCGUUCCUGGGCUUGGCUGGCUAUUUCCUAAUGAAGCGGCGGAGCUGGAGCCCGGCGGGCGAGAGGCUGGCUGAAGACCCGUAUUACGCGGAGAACGGGAGCCAGGGGAACACGCUGUUGAUGACGCCCUCGCAGGAGCAAGCUGAGGUGCAGGAGAAGCCGAACCUCAACGGCGGGACUCAGGAGAACGGCCAAGCGUCCUCCAAAAAUGGGCACUCGGCCAGGCAACACAGCCCCGCUGAUACCGAGAUGUGAACCGCACGAGAGGAGCAUCCUCGGGGAUGCAGGAGAUGAGAGAGGGUGAGAGUUUUCUAUGGACAAUUAGGGAACUGCAGAAUGGUGGUGGUGGUGUUGUUUUGGUGAUUAUUUCUGUGAAGAACUUCAAAAUCGGCACAUUAAGCACCGGAGCUGCCAAAAACCUGCUUCUCUGCCUCCUCCUGCUUCUCCCGUUGACCACACAAGACACUGUUUUGCAGCUGUUCUCUGCUUUUGUUGUUAGAAGAUAAUGGGAAAUGCAAGUGCCCUUUACCCUGAACAGCUCUGAAGCAGAGGCAGAUGGAAGCUACAGAAGCCUUGGGCCAGACUCCAAACAGCCCAAAUUUUUGGUGGCAGUGCGUUAGGCCGAUUAAAAUAGUUAAAUUUCAGUGACAAAGACCUCUCAGGUUUCCAAGAAUUUUGGUUAAGAGUUGUUUUUUUAUCUCAUGUUUAAGUGCAGGAUUUCUUCCUCUUUUGAGAACAUCAGGCAUUUAAUCCCCCUACUUGUGCUUUAGGUCUUCUUUAGUAUUUUCUACUCCAGCAAAAUUUGCUGAAGCUCCGUGUAAAACUUUCCACAAGGAAUUGAAAGAUGAAAUGUGAAUAGACCUCAAACUUGUUUCUUUUUUCAGUCCUACCAGUACGCAGGUGGUUGUUUUAGAGUAAAAAACUAUCUUCCCCAGUCUCUUCCAGUCAGAGACUGGAGAUGGAGUUCAACUGCAUGCAGAGCCAGCAAUCAGUCAUUUAAUGAGAUGAAGAACAUUUGAUACAGCUGUAGGACUUUGGGAAUAAAAGAUGCUCCCAGUGGGAUGCAGUGCUGGACGGAGACUUGGCUUUGCUGUGGGUAUUUCUGCAUUGGGUACAUGGUGUAUUUUUGCUUUGGUAAGCGAAGGGCAACCCCAAAAUCCCAGCAGCAGGAGCAGAUCCUGCAGCUCUGCAUGGAUGCUGCAGCUCUGCAUGGAUCCUGCUCCCAGGAAAGCGGAGCUGCAAAAUGCAUCGUUGAGCUACAUGCAGGGAGAGAAGGGGACCAGGGCUGGGCUUGGGCUCCAUCCUGAUCAAACACAGCUUGUUUUUAGGGAGCCAAAGCUGCUGUUGUGCAAGCCCAGUGUUGCUCUGCAAGACCCCAAGAGGUUGCACUUCAGCAGAGGUCAGUCCGAUCACAGUCUGUGCUGCCACCAGCAGUGACCUCCACAUCUGAAAUAAGGACAAAAAUGCCCCUUGAAGCCGAUUUACCCUCUCCCUAGUGAAUUCACCACCACCUUUUCUGGUACAAUACUUAUAAGAAAGACAGCGACAUCCAUCGUUAUGUGGGGCUGUUUUCAUGAGUGCAAGAGUCAUUUAAGCACGGUUUAAAAUCUUUCAGGUUUUGUUUGUUUCGGUGGAAAUUGCUUCUCCCAUAUCUCAUUGUAAAUAACCCGAGUUGGAGAAAAGAAAAAGAGUAUUAAAAAUCAGCUUCUCCGUUGUGUCCUUGGAA